UGAAGGGUUGGUUGUUCUCUUUCUAUGAAGUCAUAUGAUUGAGAAACCGGAGCCUCUGUUACUUAAUUCAUAGCUUAUAAAAGAGGACCACAUUCCUAACAAACCAUCCUUACUCAGGUCUUCCCAGAGCACCAGAAUUUGCAAAGGAAGUCAAUCCAAUUAAACAAUGCUGGUGCUUCUACUAUUUUAUGCUUUAGUUUCACAAGCAUUACCAGCAACAGACCCAGUGCCACAGCACGUUGUACAUAACUGGGAUCGGAAUGCAUGUUCGCUAGUUGUAUGUGGACCGGCUGAGAAAGGGAUACCAGGAAGAGAUGGAAGAGAUGGGCUCCCAGGACCAAAAGGGGACAAGGGAGAGCAAGGGUUACAAGGACCAAGAGGCAUCCUUGGCCCUCCAGGAAAAAUGGGCCCAGUUGGACCAGCAGGCGAAAAGGGAGCCCAAGGGGGAAAUGGUCCAAAAGGAGAUGUUGGAGAAAUGGGACCACGUGGAAUCCGAGGUUUGCAAGGGCCUCCAGGCAGCACAGGCCCUUCUGGAGUGAAAGGUGACAGAGGCCCACAAGGUGAAAAGGGCAAAAAUGGAGAAACAGGUCCAGCAGGUCCCACUGGGGCACAAGGUCGUCAGGGCAACACUGGUGCCCCUGGCCCCAAAGGCAAUCAAGGGUCAGUCGGUGAAAAAGGAGCAAAAGGAGAUGUUGGACCCAAAGGAUCACAGGGAGAGGCAGGAGUGCAAGGGCCAGGGGGGAAGACAGGCGCUCCUGGACCAAAAGGAGACAAAGGAUCUGUAGGUGAAAAGGGGACAAAAGGUGAUAGUGGCCUCUCAGAGAUCAACCUUAUGAAGAAUAAAGUCAGUGCCCUGGAGGGACAGCUAAAAGCUCUACAAGCCAGUUUUACCAAGUAUCAAAAAGUGGCAACAUUCCCAGGUGGCCGAAUUGUUGGCAACAAGGUGUUUGUAACCAGCGGCUACGAAGGCAAUUUUGAUGAUUUGAAGCAGAGAUGUCUCCAGGCUGGUGGCCAACUCGCUUCUCCCAGAAAUGCUGCUGAAAAUGCUGCAGUCCAACAGAUAGCAGUCCUCUAUAAGAAGUCGGUGUUCCUUGGGAUUACUGAUAUCCAGACAGAGGGAAGAUUUAAGUACCAGAAUGGUGAAGCCAUUGUUUAUUCUAACUGGUCUCCGGGAGAACCCAAUAAUGAUAAGGGCUCAGAGAACUGUGUUGAAGUCUAUACGAAUGGCAAGUGGAACGACAAGUCUUGUGGAGAAAAGAGGCUCAUAGUUUGUGAAUUUUAGGCCACCCACUACACCACCUUCAAUCCAGCUAUCUUGAAGAUUUUAGAUCAAGAGCUGCUUCAGCCAAGGCCUGUCCUUUUUCUCCUGUUACAGUGUGAAAUACUUAUGUGUAUUGAUAAGACUAUAAACCAUCAAUAUCAAUUUUCUGCUUAAGGCCCACUUUAAGAAGCAAAUAAAAGUUGUCUUGAAUCUGAAGUCUUAAAAGUCUGUCUGUGUGUGUGUGUGUGUGUGUGUGUGUGUGUGUGUGUGUGUGUGUGUGUGUGUGUGUGUGUAAGUGCACAACUUUUCAUAUGUGUGUGUACUUUCUGAUGUGCAAAGAAUAUGUUUAUAUUUAUAUUAUUUGCAAAACUGUUGAUUAAAAGUUUUUCUUUUAGUAAA